CCUAAAUUAUUCACAGAAUCAAGCUUUUUAAUUAAUUGGGUACUAGGAAAAAUAUGCCUGAGAUGGUGGAUAGUAAUAGCACACCCUCUAGUUCCACAGGUUCAAGAACUGUCCUUCUCCUUUUGAGGGUCUUAACCUUUGUGUUCCUUCUCAUUGCACUCAUUCUCAUUGCGAUAGUCAAGCAAACUGAUGAUGAGACAGGUGUGGAAAUCAAGUUCAAUGAUAUCUAUGCUUAUCGAUAUAUGAUCUCUACAAUAAUAAUUGGGUUUGCGUAUAACCUGCUGCAAAUGGCGCUCUCAAUCUUCACUGUGGUCUCAGGAAACCGUGUAUUAAGCGGUGAUGGUGGCUAUCUAUUUGAUUUCUUCGGUGACAAGAUCAUAUCAUACCUUUUGAUUUCCGGUUCAGCUGCUGGAUUUGGUGUGACCGUAGAGCUGGGUAGAGGUGUACCCUCAAACUCGUUUAUGGACAAGGCAAAUGCUUCAGCCAGCCUUCUACUGAUUGCAUUUUUGUUCACUGCCGUAGCAUCAACUUUCACUUCCUUUGCUUUGCCAAAGAAAGAUUAAAAAUAAUCAGCUAGCUUAAUUGAUGCAGAAAUGAUGUUCAAGGAUUAUAAAUUUAUAGGAGUAAUUCUUUCUUAUUGGUAUAGUUCAAUUUAUUUGGUGGUCAAUCAAGUAUUAAAGUGUGACUAAUUAAUCGUCAUGGAAUAAUUUAAUUUGUAUUCUGUCUAUCUUUGUGUUUGUAUUUUUCCUUCCUAAGAUAUGAUGAAGCAACUGUACUUGUUUUGAUUUUUAAUAGAAUGGAUUUAUCUUAUUUUUUC